AUGUCAGUUUUAGGAUCAGCUGGAUUUGAUAGGCAUAUCACUAUCUUUUCGCCUGAGGGAAGGCUCUACCAAGUUGAGUAUGCCUUCAAGGCCAUUAACGUUGAAAAUAUCAAUGCCAUGGGAAUUUGUGGAGAAGAUUCAGUAGUGUUGAUCUCUCAAAAGAAGAUCCCAGAUAAAUUACUAGAUCCAAGUACUAUUUCAUACAUGUUCAAAAUUUCCAACAGUGUUGGAAUGCUGGCUACAGGAUCAAUCCCUGACGCUAGGGCCCAAGCACUUAGGGCUAGAGCAGAGGCCACAGAGUUCAAGUACAAAUAUGGCUAUGAAAUGCCAGCUGAUGCUUUAGCAAAGAGAAUUGCUAAUAUAGCACAGAUAUAUACCCAGCGAGCAUACAUGCGACCAUUGGGUGUCUCUCUCAUGUUUGCCGCUGUCGAUGAUGAGCAUGGACCAUCUCUUUUCAAAACAGAUCCUGCUGGAUACUACACAAGCUACAAAGCUACCGCUACAGGACCCAAGCAGCAAGAGAUACUGACUAAGUUAGAGAAGUCUUACAAGAAGAAGAGGAAUGCCAGUGUUCUAGUGGAAGGAUCAUGGGAGAGAGUGGUAGAGUUUGCAAUCAUACAGUUGAGUAAUACUCUAGGGAUGGAGUUUAGAAAGGAUGACUUGGAAGUAGCCGUAGCCACCAAAGACGGCUUCAGAUCGUUGUCUUCGGAUGAAAUUGAUGAACGUCUGGUGUUUAUAGCUGAGCAAGAUUAG